CAACACAGGGAUGUAUGGCAACACAGGAAUGUAUGGCAACACAGUGUUGUUCUUUGAUGUUGCAAAAUAGUGCAUGACUUUAAUGAGAUCAGAAAUUUUUGUUAAUUUACCUCUUAGAGUAAACCAAAAAACUUCCCUAAAUUUAUAUUUAGUAAGACAAGUACAAUAUGAAGAAUAAUGCUUUGCAGAAGCAAUAUUUUGACGCUGCUCAUGAUUUCCACAGAAAACGAAAACUACAAGAAAGUGGUCAGUUUCACCAUGUUAAUAGUACAACCCACCACCAGAUAGACAAUAAUAACAACCAAAUGAGAAAGAAGAAAAAGUCUUUUCAUGAUGUGAAUCAUGUGCAGAGAGAAUUAUUACCCAUACGUUUUGGUAAACGUGCAUUGAUAAGUGAAGUUAUGAAGAAUGAAAGCAUUAUCGUUAUGUCGGAAACAGGGAGUGGAAAGACCACCCAACUUCCGCAGUACUUACUAGAGACAGGAUUAUCAACAAGAGGCGUGAUUUGCUGUACACAACCCAGAAGAGUUGCUGCAAUAACUGUUGCUUUACGAGUUGCUGAGGAAAGAAACGUACCUAUAGGCGAUUUGGUUGGAUACACCGUGCGUUUUGAAGAUGUUACCAGUGCUAAAACUAAACUUAAAUAUAUGACAGACGGAAUGUUGCUUCGAGAAGCACUACUAGACCCAUUACUACAGAAGUAUUCUGUUAUUAUAUUGGACGAAGCACAUGAGCGUUCUGUACAGACGGAUGUGUUGUUUGGAGUGGUCAAACGUGCUCAGGCUAAUAGACGAACUUCAAAGCCGUUGAAAAUCAUCGUUAUGUCAGCAACACUGCAAGCAGAUAAAUUUUCAAAAUAUUUUAAUAAUGCAAAAGUAUGCUUUAUUGAAGGAAGACGGCAUCCAAUCAAAAUUUUGUAUACUGAAGAAAUCCAAAAAGAUUAUACGCAUGCGUGUAUAGUGACUUCACUGCAACUUCACAGAGAGAAACCGCUAGGGCACGACAUACUUGUUUUCUUAACCGGUCAGGAAGAAAUUGAUUCUGUCUCCAAAAUCAUUCAAGAUAUCGUUCUUCAUGCUAAAGAACAUUUUGGAAACAUCGAUGUUCGACCACUGUUUGCUUCUUUACCGAACAGUGUGCAGAUUAAAGCUUUUCAGCCGACUCAAGUCGGUCGCCGUAAAAUAAUCCUUGCAACAAACAUAGCGGAAACGUCAGUUACAAUACCCGGGGUUAAAUAUGUUGUUGAUUGUGGUAUGGUAAAAGCUAAAGCCUACAGUCCGUCCACUGGCCUCGACAUGUUAAAAGUUCAGCCGAUAUCAAAAGCACAAUCACGUCAAAGAUGCGGAAGAGCAGGGAGGGAGUGUCCGGGCGAGUGUUUUCGUCUUUAUCCAGAGAAGAGUUUUCUUGCUUUAAAUGAAGAUACUGUCCCUGAAAUUCAAAGAUGUAACUUAAAAAGUGUUGUUUUGCACUUGUUGGCGCUUGGUUUGAAAGAUGUGUUAACGUUUGAUUUUAUGAGUCAACCACAUGAGGGUGGUUUGCCAGAUGCGUUAAAUCAACUGCUUUUACUUGGUGCUGUCGAAUCUGUUGAAUCACAAAAGAUCACAGACAAGGGCAAGCUUUUAGCGACAUUUCCCUUGGAUCCUGCACUAUCAAGUUGUAUUUUAGCUGCGCAAGAGUUAGGCUGCACCGAAGAAGUUCUUACUAUUGUCUCAUUACUGUCAGUUGAAUCGCUCACCUAUACACCCCACAACCAGCGAGAGAGAAGUCGAAAAUCAUUGCAGAAAUUCAUGUCUUCUGAGGGUGACCAUGUGUCAAUGUUGUUACUUUACCGAGCAUUUAAACAUGCGAAAAAGAACGUCGAUUGGUGUCGGGAACACUUUAUAAACGUGAGAAAUAUGACUACGGUCAGUAAAAUUAAAAAACAAAUCCGUGAAAUUUCUGCUCGGUCAAAUAUCACAUUAAAAAGCUGCGGAACAGAUUAUAGUUUGAUUCGUAAAGCAUUGGCUGCUGGAAUGUUUAUGAACAGUGCCGAACGGCAAAAAGACGGCACCUAUUUGACAAUCAAACAACGGCAACAAGUGCAGAUACACCCGUCGUCGGUUUUGUUUAACUCAAAGCCGUCGUUUGUCGUAUUUAACGAAGUUGUGGAAACUUCGAAACGAUACAUGAGGAAUUUGUGUGUGGUAGAUCCAACAUGGCUCGUACAAGCUUGCCCAAAUUAUUUUGAUGGAAAAAAUUUAAUUCCUCAAUCAGUCGCUACGUGAUGUGAUAUAGAUCGAAUUAUAAAGAAAAAUGCAGUUUUGUUUCGUUUUC